AGAGCGGUGGAGGGGACCCAGUUUGAUUUCCUGCUUCCCACAUUUCUCGCUCGGUGUGAUAAUUUCAUCUCCAAUUUUCUCUCGAAAUGGCGGGGACUAUUCUAGAAAAUAUGAGCACCAAAAAGUUGGUGAUAGUGGGAGUUACUCUGCUUUUGUUCCAGGCGAUUGCCUUCAUGGUCGGCGGUUUAAUUGGUAAGUUAAUUCUUCAGCUUGUAUCCUCUGUUUAGCGUUUGUCUCUGUGCGCGUGUGUCUGUUGAACUGUUGGGAACAACCAUGAGCGUCUCUAAGUGGUGAAAGAACAAAGUUUGAUGAUGUGCUUCUUCUUAUGUGCUUCCACAAACUCGAUCUUCAGCCAGUCUUAAGUCUAUUUGCUUAAGAAUUGCAUACCGCUAUACAUUUUUUAGCCUAGAAAAUAUUUACAGUUAAAUAGCCACAUAUUUAGAUUGCCUAAUCUGUUAUUACAAUGAUGAUAUACAAUAUUUCACACACACGCAUACAUGCGCGCGCACACACACAUUUUCAGCUCCCUGUCAAUCUGACAGAUUCACUGAACAUGCGCCUCUUCAAAACAUCUGAUUAAAUCCCCAUAGGUCUACAACAUAACCACUUUAAAUGUAGUUAACACCUGAAGACAUAACAUACACAAAGCUGCUAAGGAGGUUCCUGGUUGUUAUGGGGGUUAGAGCCUCAUCAUUCAUUAUUUGUGGGUCUUCAAGACAUAAAAAUAGCCCUUUGAGGAGCACAUGAGUAAAGUCAGUAUCACUCUGAAACUGCUAAAGUUUUCUUCAAUGAUAGAAGUUGAUGAGAGAAAGAAAAAUAUCCAUAUUCUAGUGUGAUGUCCAUGUUUGCUGCAGAAUGGUUUACAGUUAAGUAGUUGCACAUUAGAUUAGAUUAGAUAAAACUUUAUUGACCUUUUGGGAAGGUUCCCUUAGGGUAAUUAAAAGCCUUGUUUAAGGAGUGAUGCUCAUUGACACAGGGAUUAGGUUUAUCAAGCUGCUUUAGCCCCUAAAAUCUACAACCUCAAAAAGUUCAUGUUUUUUUAACUGAUAAAAUCAGCAUGUACAACUUUUUUCUUGAGAUUUUUGUCUGAUCACUCUGAAAAGCAAUUUUCCCUGCAAAAUACUGCAGCUCCUGAAAACUGUGGCAUGGUUAUAUCAUCAUAUCAUCACUGCUUGACAUUAAUAACUGUGGUGAAUUAGUACAGCGCCAUAUUACUGCCUGUUUGUCAUCUCAGCCCCUGACCAUCUCAAUACUGUUCUUCCUUCCUUUGGAUGGAGUCGUUGAAGUUAGCUGUCUGCUGAAGAUUGAAAGUACAGUAUGAAUCAAAUUGCCGUAAACACCUGUUUGAUGAAUUCUUAGCUGGACAUUUGUCACCAAAACCUCAAAUUUCAUAAACAACAUCCUUACAGACUGACUUGCCCUUGGUGAUGUUUGAAAGGCCCCUGCAGUUUCUGAAGCACCACAUCAUAUUGGGCCUGCUGUAAAGCAUCUCUGUUUUAUAGGGGCUGGUGCCUUGGUGCAUUUGCCCCAUGGCCCGAAUAAGAUCUUGAUUGAGAGUCAGCUUUUUUAUUAUAAUCAAAUUGCUCUUAAAGUGAUUUCAUGAUGCAGAGAUAUUAGAGCAGUCCCUGACAAGUCAAUUGGUCUCAGCUGUGAGCCUAGCUUGAGGCUCAGAGAUUCCUAUAGCAACAAAAGCUAGUUGCCCAUGACUCAACCCUGCUCAGGAUGCGUCAAGACUGCUGCCAUCUUGGAGAGGUCCUUGUCAAUGGUUUUCUGUGGGUUGAAGUUUUGGAAGCUUGUGGUUUACCAGACAACAGCAUUUUUUUACAUUCAAAACCAUACUUACCAGCAGUCACUGCUCUGAGAUGGCGGCGGUCUUGACGUAUGCGCAGCCAUUGUCUUAUAUAAGUCGUGAGGUAUCUAGUGUUGAUAUCUAUGGUCAAAACGUCACUAAAAGAGUGAUUUUUUGCCUUUGUGCUGGUUUCACAUUUGGGCUUAUUCUGACAAAAUGGUACCUCCUACCAAAAAAAAAAAAAAGCAGACCUGGGUUAUUGUGAGGACUUCCUGAACGCUUUGAUAUGAUUUUGGUGUUUCUACAGUAAAUAGUUUGGACACAUUUGCAAGUUAUAAACAGGAGUCCUUUCUGCUUCUCUUAGAAAAUCUUUGUAUUAGCGUUAAUGAGGAGCAGAGAGAGACAUUGCCACACUUAGAGGCUCAGAGUUAAAAUUCUGUAACAUUUCCUGCUAAGAUGAACACAUCGUUUGAGACAACAAAUGUGUCUUCAACUGUGGACAUGCUUGUAGGGUGCAAUUUGAGGCCAGGAGUAGCGUGGAAAGAGAAAAGUUUCACAGAAUUUUAUACGGCUUCUCUCACUCUAGCCAAUGAUGUUGCCCACUCUGGCACAAAGAUUCCAUUCAAUAAAUACCCAUAAUAAUAUGAAAGUUUCCCCAAGAAUGAUCAAAAACUAUAAUACCUAUAUAAAUGUGACUUAUAGUUUGAAAAAAUUAAAUGGAGUCUCUAGGUAAAAGUAUGCCGGAGUAGUAUAGGUUUGAAAAACUCCUGAUGCCAUUCAAACUGCACAUGUUGAGAUAUAAUUUGUCCUACAACUUUUCAAGCUUUAGGACUUGUGGCAAAUCAAAAUUGGUCCGGAAGAGUACAACGAAAGUACCUCAGUGCAUUUGUCCAGUGGCCCUAAUUAUCUAGGUGGUUGGACUGGAUUUUGUUUUUAUUGCGGUUAAUUUGUUUUUGGAAAUUAAAUCAUUUAAAAGCACUGUCUUGAAGUAAGUCCAUUCGAUAACUGGUGUUGUAUAUGUGCCUCGUUGUAUUUUUCUCCUCAGCUCCCUGUGACAGUAAUCCACUACCCAGCCACCAAGUGAGUGGACAUUGUCAACCAUCAACAGGAAGUAAAAUGGUUUAUGCCCUCUCAUUUCAAAGACAGAGAGAGAGAGAGAAAGAUAGAGAGAUCGAGAGAGAGCUCUGCUACCAAACAUUUUGUGGUGUUUAGACAGGAUUUUGCCUUAUUGCAGUAAUUCAAUUUGAUGCCUGCUUUAACCAAAGUUGGGUUAAAGGUGCAGAAAGUUCAGUGUGUAAAAAUUUGAAUAAUUGGAAAUAUAUUGCACAUUCCAGAUCGACAUGCUCACUAACUCCCCCUUCCCAUUGGUGAAAUGAUGGUGGCCUUUAGGGACAAGAAGCUCCUGUUAUGCACACUAGGUUUGAUCCUAUUGUAUUGAUCCUUUUUUCCAUCAAAAAUUUAUCAAUACAUGUAUUUCAUGCAGUUUUUAACUAAAUACAAAAUCUCACGAGUUUGUCCAUUCUGUGCUACUGUAGCAAUAUAGCAAAAUGCAAGAAUGUGUCCCACUCCUAUAGGAAUAAGAGGCUGAAAAUAAAAAGAAUAAGUAAGUACGUAAAAAUCCUUUCCAGAUUUACAGUUUAAAAAUGAAUUUAAAUAGUGUCAAAUAUUGUGUUCUUAUAAAUGCUGCUAAAAACUACACACUGUAGUUUAUGGGGCGCCGUUUCAGCUCACGCUGAAAUUAACGGCAACAUUUUGCCACAUUUAGCUUCAAACAACGAUUAAAAAACUGGUAUGCACUUUUGACGGUCACUUUUUUUUGCACAUUUACAACAAUACUUGUGAACUUAGAGAUAUUUUAAAUAGUUAAAUCUAAAUAUUAAAUGUUACGCCUAAAUGUUAAAUCUAAAUCUAAAUGUUAAAUCCAUAGACUGUAUUUUUUCCUGGUUUUGUGAUUGAGUUGUAUUUUCUGUGUAUUUUCCGUAGUGUUUCUGUCCCCUGCGAUCCUGUUUUGUGAGUUUUCAGUUUGUCUUUGACCCUGUUUUCCUCGUGUUCCCAGUGUUUUAUUCUUUAGAUCAAUUUUCCAUGUUUUGUUUUAUUUUGUAGUCCCCUGCUCUUGUGUGUCUGGGUUGGUAUGACUUCCUGCUUUAUUUUGUAGUAGGUGAUCCCUGUGUGGCUAGUCAAGUUUAAUUCCUGAAUUUUCCCUCCUUUGUUAACCACUACAGUCUUACAAUGAGUUUUGGUUUCAUGGGAUUUUUAUCCUUGUGUAUUUUUCAUCGGAUAUUUUUUAGUUGGACAUUUUGAGAAGAAAGUUUUUCUCUGACCAUUCCUUUUUGAUUUGAUAAAACCUUUUAAAUUCUAGACACGGGUCCUCCCUUUUGUUUUGUGUUCAAGAUGUGACAAAAUGUGUCUCUACAGUAAGAGAAUCACUGUGGAGGAUUACAAAAGAGGUGUAAUUUCAAGAAACGUUUGACUCUCCAGUAUGGACAAAAAUAUGAAUUUUAAAACAUUUAUUUGACAAAACUAUUAAAUACAAAUGCAAUGAAUUUGAAUCACAUACAAAUAUUUGUUUACAGUAAAAACAGUUUCUCUGCUGGACACAACAGAGAAACUUUGACACAUAAAAUCAAAACAUAUUUUAAACACAUAGCAUCAGGUCAUCAGAUAAAAUAACUUUAACAGUCACAAACUCCACUAUGGUGGUUCUGUUUAGGUCAGUCUUCUCCUGUGGUCUUGAAGUCAACAUGACUUGUUAGAAAAGACAUGUUAGGGUUGUGUUGUGGUCAGUGUGGGGAAUUUCUGAAUUAGAUUGUUCAGAAACAUUUUCUGAUCUGGCUCUCUUCCUCUUCCUCUCUUGGGUGUUGGUGAUCUGCUGGGGAGGAUGAACAGGGUGGUCCCUCAAAGGAGUGCUAGUCUGCUGGGAGGGUUGAGGUUUGCUGGAAGAAGAGGGCUGUGAAGACCCCCCAGCAUUCUCACUGUUGGAGCCUGGACUUCUCAAUCAAUCAAUCAAUCAAAUUUUAAUUAUAUAGUGCCAAUUCACAACAGUCGUCAUCUCAAGACGCUGUUCAAGGAACAAGAGCAGGUCUAGACCACGCUCAUUGUUUGAUGAUCAAGAACCAACCUAAGAUGGGUUUUGGCCCAUCUCAACUAACAUGAGUGACAGUGGCAAGGAAAAACUUCCUUUUAACAGGCAGAAACCUUGGGCAGGACCCGACUCAUGCUAGACAGCCACCAUGCCGCUGCUGGGUUGGGGAGGAAUGUAGAGAGAAGAGGGGAGAGGGGAGAGGACAGGGGGAGGGAGAGAGAGAACAAGAUAAGGGAAGGCGAGAGAGAAUGAGUAAGGGGGGGGGGGGGGAGUAGAGAACGAGGGUGAGAGAGAGACAGGGGGCAGCAGAAACAACAGCAACAACAACAACAGCUCAUGUAAUGGUGAGACAAAAAAAGACAAUGUUAAAUUAAUUAAGUGUGAUAACAGUUAGCAGGCCUAAUCAUAGUCAGUUCUAGUUUAUGUUAUUAAUGUCAAUAAUGUCAGUGAGGCUGAUGUUCAUGUCUGCAAUAAUAGUCCAGAGGAAUCCAGGAGAAGAAGGAGCUCAGGGCCUGAGGUGGACAGUCAUAGACAGUAGUCAACCCUAGUUUUGUGUUCUUAAUGUUUCUGAAGGCAGCUAGAUGGAGGUUGUUGUUCAGCUGGAAUGACUUUCACAGUCACAAACUCCACUGUGGUGGUUCUGUUCAGAUUCAGUCUGCUCUUCUGGUCCUGGAAGUCAACAAUAAUUUGUUAGACAAACUCAUGUGUUGUUGUGGUUGACAGCAUGUUCUUGUUCCAAACUAGAAAAUGCAUUACACAUUGUGUUUUAACAAUAUUGACUCACCUGAACCAUCUACAAACUCCUUCUCUUUUCUUCUGAUCCCUGACCGAACAUUUGCUGUUCUUCAUCUCGAUCUGCUGAGUUGAGUGUUCUGCUGAGGAGGAUGAAUAGGUUGGUCCCUCAAAGGAGUGAUUGUCUGGGUGUCAUCAGCUUCACUCUGGCUGCUGCAGGAGGCGGGCUGGCAUGCAGGGGUUUACUGUAAUUUGAUAAAAAAAAAAAAAGAUUAAAUCAUUAUGAAACAGAAACAUUUUCUCAUUUUCAUCUUGAGCUGCCUUUUUUUUUUUUUUAGCCCUGUUUGGCCCUAGUCUUCAGCUUGACUCAAGCUUGGAUGAAGAGUCGUGUUGUGGUCAGUUUGAAGGACUCUCUGGAUCAGAUUGUUGACAGCCAAUUCCUUAUCUGGAUCUCUUCUUCCUCCUCUCUUGAGUGUCCGUGAUCCGCCCGGGAGGAUAAACAGGGUGGUCCCUCACAGGAGUGAUCGUCCGAGCGUCAUCAGCUGCAUGCUGGCUGCUGCAGGAGGUUGACAGGCAUGCAGGUGUUUCACUGUCAUUUGAUAAAAAAAAAGAAAAAAAGGUUGAAUCAUUAUGAAGCAGAAAGACCAAAAAAAUGUCAUUCAACUUUUAAAGUCUUUAGAUUUGUUUUGUCAACUGGUUAUUAACAAUGUGACUGAUGUAGAUUAUCCUACCUGUGCCCAGACUUCACUAUUUUAGGACAAUUGCAGCGCUCGUCUGUGCGUCCAUCGACGUCCUCAAGCUUUCUUCUUCUCCUUGUCAUGCCUCCACUUGUUGAUGGUGAGGUGAAGCAGAACGGUUCUGUUGGGAGGGUUGAGGUUUGCUGGGGGGAGAAGGCUGUGAAGACCCCCCAGCAUUCUCACUGUUGGAGCCUGGACUGUUGUUUCUAAAGGCGGCCAUGGUCUCCAAAGAUGAAAAGACACUGCAAGACAACAAAUCAUCAAUCAGGCUUCUUUAUUGGUCAUGUGACUUACAGAAGGUAUAAGUAAUACAGACACAAAUCAUCUAUUGUAGAAACAUGUGGUCGAGGAGUGAGGUAAUUACUCUGAAUGAUGAAGACUUUUAAUCUUCACUUACUUAUACAUGUUGGGCAGCCUGCUGGUGAGAUGGCUCAUGCUGAUGAAGUGAUGCUGCUCAUCUUCAUCAUCUUGGCUCAGAUCUCCAAAACUCUGUCUGCAGGAGUGUCAGACUUUAAACUUCGAAUCUGUAGAGAGGACAAAGACAACCACAGUCAGUGGUGUUACUUUUAUCACCAGAAAACCAACAAAAAUUGAAAACAUUUCAAAUAAAUGACAAAAACAAAAGUACGUAAAUUCAGAAGUUCAUCCAGAGAGUUCAGGAACAUACCAAAGUUCAAUCACAGUGAAAACUGUUUCUCAGCUGGACACAACUCCUGUCUAGCUGAACGCAGGUUUCUUUUAACAUCAAAAAUUAAAACAUAUUUUAAAUCCACAUCGUCAGGCCAUCAGAUCUUCACAAAAAAUCUUCACAAAAAAACUAUACAAAAACAGCAGAUGGAGGUUGUUGUUCAGCUGUAAUGACUUUCGCAGUCAUAAACUCCACUCUGCUCAGGUUCGGUCCGCUCUUCUGGACCUGGAAGUCAACAAUGACUUGUUAAACAAACUCAUGUGUUGUUGUGGUUGACAGUAUGUUCUUGUUUCAAACUAGAAAAUGCAUUACAUAUUGUGUGUUGAUUAUAUCGACUCACCUGAACCAUCUACAAACUCCUCUUUUUUUGUGAUCUCUGACCUAACAUUUCCUCAUCCUCAUCUGGAGCUGUCUUUCUUUUGAGUCCUGAUCUGUCCUGGACUUUAGCCUGACUCAAGCUCAAAUGAGGGGUUGUGUUGAGGUCAGUUGGAGUAGGGGGAACAUGGUGGUCCCUCUUUGGAGUGAUCAUCUGGGCCUUGUCAGCGGCAUGCUGGCUGCUGCAGGAGGUGGACGAGCAGGCAGGUGUUUUACUGUAACUUUAUCAAAAAGGUUAAAUUAUUAUGAUGCAAAAAGACCAGAAAAGUUUCCAUCUACCUCUAAAGUCUUCAGAUUUGUUUUUUAGACUGGUUGAUAAGAAUGUGACUGAUGUAGAUUAUCCUACCUGUGCUCAGACUUCACUCUUUUUGGAGACUUGCAGGUCUCGUCCGUGCUUCCAUCAACGUCCUCAAGCUUUCUUUUUCUCCCUUUCUGGCCUCCACUUGUUGAUGAGGAAGGAGUGUGAGGAUGAGGGUUGAUGGGCAACCGUGACGGGUCUAGGUUGCAGCUGCUACCAGCAGGAGAAGCAGAACGGUUCUGCUGGGAGGGUUGAGGCUUGCUAGGGGGGGAAGGCUGUGAAGACCCCCCAGCAUUCUCACUGUUGGAGCCUGAACUGCUGUUUCUAAAGGCAGCCAUGGUCUCCAAAGAUAAAAAGACACUGCAAGACAACAAAUCAUCAAUCAGACUUAUUCAUUGGUCAUGUGACUUACAGAAGGUAUAAGUAAUACAGACACAAAUCAUCUAUUACAUAAACAUGUUCUGGAGAAGUGAGGUGUUUCCUGCAAACACUCGCCACAAGAGGUGCUAAAAACUCUGAAUGUUGAAGAAUUUUAGUUUUCACUUACUAAGACGUGUAGGGAAACCUUCUGGUGAGGUGGCUCAUGGUGAUGAAGGGAUGCUCCAGCACCUGACGGGGUGUCAGUCUGUUGGCUGCAUCAAGCUGGAGCAUUCCCUUCAGCAGGUCUAGAAAGGCCCGCCUGUCCCUGAUCUCCAGAAUUUUGUUUACAAGAGUGUCCGACUUUAAACUUUGAAUCUGUAGAGAGGACAAAGACAAUCACAGUCAGGGGUGUUACUUCUAUCACCAGAAAACCGACAAAAACAAUUUUUUUUUUAAAUAAAUGACAAAAACAAAAGUACGUACAUUCAGAAUUUCAUCCAGAGAGUUUAAGAAGAACCUUCUGGUCUCUGUUGGCGUGACACCUGUCUCCUCGAAGUAUGCCUCCUCGUUCUAAAAAAAAAGUGAGUUUGUUAGCUGCUACAUUCAGGGCUAGUUAGUUUUGUACAAGACAUGUAUGGGACAAUUCCCAUCAAGGUGUCUGAGGUAUUUAAAAUGUGGUCAUAUCUAAAGUCAGAGCUUUACUGCCCUUAAAUGACUGUCACUAGCAAAAGAACAGAAAGAGCUUCAUUUAUGCACAUCUGUCACAAUACACUGAUAUUCAGGGCUGUGUCAGCUAAGGCCUUUUUUUAUACUGGAACUGCCCUCAAUCUCAAUUUCAGGGCCCCUCUCAUCAGUGUUUACUCUGGCUAGGCUACAAGACUGUCCCACAACACUCCAGCUUCCCUGGUGGUGACUGUUUCAAAAAGCUCAGUAUAUCGUAUUUGUUUACAUUCAGUGACAUUGCAUAAAGAAAACCUAAAAAUGACUGAAGCAUGUUCUAGCAACUUGCAUAAAUCAGUUGAACGGUUUAUCCUUUCUUCAGGUGAGCUAUAUCCCAGAAAACUAAUACUUGGUAAAAAACAAAACUGUUUAAAUUUGACACACCUGGGAAACCUUCUUGGCCAACCAGACACAAUAAUGCCUCCAAAUCAACACCCAUAUUUAAGAAAAAAAUGUGACUGGCUACUGCUAAAGUGUAGGGUAAGAGUUAGUGUUAGUUACCUUAAUUUUCCAUUGACAGUCGGGCUGGUUAACACUCUGGAAAAAGUUGGAUGUCUUGAGCCCCUCGUUGAGCAGGUUGUCUGGUGGUGGACCCUGAGUCUCAACAAUGAACCUCAUCUGAAAAUGCAGCACAACAAGAAGUUACAUGGUGACAUCAAAGUGAAGAGGAAAAAUUCUCCAUGAAAGAAUACAUUAAUUAAAAGAUUAAAAAAUAUGUUUCAAUCAAAUACACAUUGAUGUGAAGAGGUUAUAAAGUGAGCAGUUUAGAGAAAAAAUACAAAUUAAAAGCUGAUUCUUGAUGAUUAUUUCAGUGACAUGAAACUCUGUUCUGAGAAAGAAACAGUAAACUUAAAGUACCAUAUCAAAUUCAGUCAGGCCAGGAUACAGAAAAUAGCCAAGGUACAUGCAGGCAGCCAUGAUACCAAGAGACCACAUGUCGAUGGCCUCUGUAUAGGGAAGCCCCAAAAGAAUCUCUGGAGCUCUAUGAGAGGACAAACAAAGACAUAUCACACAUCAAUUCUACAAAUAAUGCAACAAAUCCUCCAACAAAACAUAAGUGGGUCAAUGAGGUGACGCCUAAAUAUUCUGUCCGGCUGUAUUUUUUUAAGUUAAAAAAGGUUUAAAUGCACAAAAACAGGCUUUCUAUAUGUAGUGUCUCUCGCAUAUAUGUAGUCACUUCAACUUUUAAAAAAUCAGGUCUUAUUUGAAAAUUUUCUGAACUUAAGAGUGUCAAAAUAUCAUGUGGUGCGACCAGUGAUAACAUUAAUAGUAUUAAAUACAAUAUGCUUAAGUGAAAGGUAGUUUUAAAACAUUUUUAACAGUAUUAUGCAAUUUAAAGAAAAAAUGAGUCAGUCAACUACAUUUAAUAUAGCUACCGUGACGUUAUAGAGCUAAAAUGUGAGAUCAUUAUUUACAAAAACUCAAAUGAAAUGCAAACACUUUGUUUCUAUCUUCUUGAUAUUACUGACAAUUUGUAAAAAACUAUUAAGUACGUUGAAAAAAUUUAAUAAUUUUGAGAUAAAUUACGGUCGCACCACAUGACAUUUUUUAAGGCCACGGGCAAAUUAUCUAUAUGAAAAAACACUAAAACACUAAAAACACUAAAACUUUUGUAAUUUAAAAAUUUAACAUUAAUUUUGUAUACACAACAUCCUUAGUGUUUGAACUUUUGCAAAAUAUAUUCUUAUUUUUGCUAUUUCAAAAUUGGCAUGUUUAAAAACCUAGUAUGUGUUGAUGUGCAAGCCCCCAAUAAACAGCUGAGAUAUCAGACGUGGUUCUGGUUCCUUACCUGUAUGGCUGGGUCUGGAUAUUUGAGCCCACUGUUGCUGCUGACACAUCUUCUGCAAGACCGAAGUCAAUCACUUUGACUCUGUAGGGCUGAUGUUGAUGAUCCACAAACAUGACGUUGUCCAGCUUAAGGUCUGCGUGGAUCAUACCGAUGGUCUUCAAAUGAUCCAGAGCAUUGGCGACCUAAGAAGUCAUUAAGGUCAUUAAUUGAACAACAAAGCUCAGGAUGUUACAUCAACAUCAGUAUUUGUUCUCGUUUAAAAGCAGAAAUAAAUUCAUUCGCUCAUACCUGCUGGAUGAUCGGUCUGAUCUCGCUCAAAAGGAGAGGUUCCAAGUUGCUCUCCUCCAUAAAAUCAGCGAGGCUUUUGUCCAAGUGCUCGAACACCAUACAAAAAUGGCCUCUGUCAGUGAAGGCUCUGUGCCAUUUGACAAUGUUGGACUUGUCCGAGUCGAGCACUGACAGGUCUAAGAGGGCAUUCACCUGAGGACACAUGACACAUGACAUACAGGUUUUAGUUUGGAUUUACACACAUUAAAGAGCAGUGAUUAGAUACUGUGGAUAGUAAACAAUCUGCACAAGUUUUUAGUAAGCAUGGCUAGUUUGCUCUUCUCACCUCUUUCCUUGCUGCGAAGUCAAAAGGGUACUCUUUUUUCAUGGUCUUUAUGGCAACAGUCGUGUUGUCGCUCAUGUCGGUGCACUUUGCGACUGUGCCGUAGGAGCCCUGUCCGAGGAUGGACUGCACCGUGUAGGUGGUGGAUCGUGAAAAGAUCUUUGAACCAGUGGCUAACUGGAAACCAGACAUCUUCAAAAUCAAACUCUGGACUUGGUCUUCAAAAAUAUUCAGAUAAAUCAGCAAAAAACGAAGUUAAUUUGAUGCUGUAGAUUAUUCUGAAUCAAAAGCUCUUGAUAAACCGAAGUCUCUCUGUGUAUCCUCUCGAUAAAACAAACUCUCUCCGUGUAUCUUCUCGAUGAACCAAACUCUCUCCGUGUAUCUUCUCGAUGAACGAAACUCUCUCUCUCAAAAUCUUCUCAGUAAACUAAACUUUCUCCUUUUCUCUUCGCUCUCUGUGGUUUCUGAUCUGAUCUGCUCAGGUCAGAGGGUUUAAAUACAUACAUGCCACAUUCUCUUUUUCAAUUUGAAAAAUCACACUCAAUUUGACGACAAGAUGCUAAGUAACUAAUGUUUUCUUUUGAAAUUGUUUUUGUUUUUGUUUAUUUUUAAAUAUAUCUCAUAUUUUUCUGUAUCUGAAGCACUUCUUACUCCUGCUUUUUCCAUUUUACACUCUUUACUACUGACAAAAACAAUGAAGGAUAAUACCAUUUCAUUUUUAAACCUCUAAACUCACUGUAUGUGAACUUCUGCUUACGGCACUGAAAGAAACAUAGUUAAUAGUCAAGUUAGGUGUCCAUCUAACAAACAUCUCUCCCACUUUAAGGCCUCAAAUUCAGCCAUUAAAGCUCCUGUGAGGAACCUUUAACUCUGAUUUUGUCAACCCUAUAAACAUUACAGCAUUUAUUCUCUCUCUGUCCAUUUUGCCCUGUACACACUGAAAUAGUGGGAAACCUUUUUUGUUCUACAGUCCCCUAAUUAUUGUGUAUUUACCUGGUGGUAACUUGGUUAGUCAAAACACAUUACUACAACACCAAUGAAGAAAUGUCAUUAUGGUGACUUUUCUUUCACAGUAUGGCUGCUUUUCUUGUAAACUGAAAAAAAAAAGAAAAAAAAAGUUCAUCUGGGACUGGAAGGAGAGGAGAGAAAAAAAAAGCAGCAUCAAUGAAAUGUUUGAUUCAACAAAUCAGCUGGUAGGUUUUUUAACCUGUCAUUGUUGAAAAAAUAAAAGCAAGAUGAGAGCACAUUAUAAACUUUUUUAAAUGUGCAAAAUAAAUGAAUUAAUAAUUAAAUACGUAAAAAAUGAGUGCCCAAAGUUUAUUAUUGAAACUGCCAUUGUUGUUUUUCUAUUCAUGUCAUUGACUUUUUUAGCAUUCAUUCUUGUUCCUCUUUGCCAAAUCAUUUUAUUUUUUUGGAGGAUUUGAGGUGCUUUGAAAACGUUUUGAUUUUGGUUCUGUACUUUGGUCCAUUGCAUUGCAUGUCUGUCUAGUUUUAAAGCAUAAAACACCUUUUCUUUCUCAGUAACCUGAGCUUUAAAUUAUAAAACCGGUCAUCACUCCUUAUUAGAUGUUUAUGUUGUUUCAGCUUCACAAGUGGAAACUUUUAGAGCAGUGGUUCUCAAAUCCAGUCCCCGAGCCCCCCCCCCCCCCCCCCCCCCAUAAUAAUUUGCAUAAUGCAUAAUUUGUUGCAUGCUGGCUGCUGCAGGAGGUCAACUGGCAUGCUGUUUUUCGAUGUAAUUCUAUCAAAAAAGUUAAAUCAUUAUGACGGAGAAAGACCUAAAAAUGUUCCAUCAACCUCUUAAGUUUUCAGAUUCAUUUUAACUGGUUGAUAACAACGUGACGGAUGUAGAUUAUCCUACCUGUGCCCAGACUUCUCUUUUUUAGGACAAUUGCAGGUUUUGUGGGUGCUUUCAUCAACGUCAUCAAGCUUUCUUUUUCUCCUUGUCUUGCCUCCACUUGAGAAAGUAGUGUGAGGAUGAGGGUUGAUGGUGGACCAUGGGGGGAGAGAGCUGUGAAGACCCCCCAGCAUUCUCACUGUUGGAGCCUGGAUUGUUGAUUCUUAAGGUAGCCAGAUGGAGGUUGCUGUUCAGUUGUGAUGACUUUCACAGUCACAAACUCCACUUUGGUGGUACUGCUCAGGUUCAGUACCCUCCUAUGGUUCUGGAAGUCAACAAUGACUUGUUAGACAAACUCGUGUAGUAGUAGUUGAUAGCAUAGAAAAUGCAUUGCACAUUGUUUGUUGACUAUAUCAACUCACCUGAACCAUCUACAAACUCCUUUUCCUUUUUUCUGAUCUCUGACCAAAUAUUUGCUCAUCCUCAUCUUGAGCUGCCUUUCUUUUGAAUCCUCAUUGGCCCUGGUCUUCAACCUGACUCAAGCUUGGAUGAAGAGUCAGGUUGUGCUCAGUUGGGGGGCUUUUUAGAUCAGUUUGUUGAGAGCUAUUUCCUGAUCUAGCUCUCUUCCUCUUCCUCUCUUGAUUGUUGGUGUUCUGCUGAACAGGAUGAACAUGGUGGUCUCCAAAGGGUGUGAUCGUCUGGGCAUAAUUUUUUGCAUGCUGGCUGCUGCAGAAGAUGGACUGGCGUGCUAGUUUUUUCGCUGUAAUUUUAUCAAAAAAGUUAAAUCAUUAUGACGCAGAAAGACCAAAAAAUGUUCCAUCAACCCUUUAAAGUUUUCAGAUUUGUUUUGUCUGAUGUAGAUUAUCCUACCUGUGCCCAGACUUCUCUUUUUUAGGACAAUUGCAGGUUUUGUGGGUGCUUUCAUCAAUGUCAUCAAGCUUUCUUUUUCUUCUUGUCCUGCCUCCACUUGUUGAUGGGGAAGUAGUGUGAGGAUGAGGGUUGAUGGUGGACCGUGACUUGUCAAGGCUGCUGCUACCAGCAGGUGAAGCAGGAGGGUUCUGCUGGGAGGGUUGAGGUUUGCUGGGGGGAGAAGGCUGUGAAGAACCCCCAGCAUUCCCACUGUUGCAGCCUGGACUGAGACUACUAAAGGUAGCCAGAUGGAGGUUGCUGUUCAGUUGUAAUGACUUUCACAGUCAUAAACUCCAAUGUGGUGGUACUGCUCAGGUUUCGUCAGCUCUUCUGGAUCUGGAAGUCAACAAUGACUUGUUAGAUACACUCAUGUGUUGUAGUGGUUGACAGUAUGUUCUUGUUUCAAACUAGAAAAUGCAUUGCACAUUGUGUCUUGACUAUAGCAACUCACCUGAACCAUCUACAAACUCCUUUUCCUUUUCUCUGAUCUCUGACGUUCAUUCAGAACACCGUAAAUUCUGCAGUUGACUUUGCAAAGUCAGCAGAAAUCGUUUAAUCCACAGAAGACGUCGGAUGUAAAUGAUUUCUGCCGACUUUGCAAGGUCAACUGCAGAAUUAACGGCGUUCUGAAUGAACAGUGCUUUGUCCCGCUGCAUGUGUUAGACGGCACCAUCUACACAUGGACCAAUCAGGGGCUGCCUUUCCCUGUUGUCCAGGGAACAGUGGAAACACUGUCACUGAUUGUCCCGGUUAUUUUCUGAUUUCUAAUACACGCUCCCAAUUGGCUGAAGUCCAGACUGUUGUGGGAAGGAACGGCAAGUGAUUCAUGCAACUGGAUGGCCCAGCCAGGCUAAUCUUGAGCUGUCUUUCUUUUGAGUCCUGAUUGGCCCUGGUCUUCAGCCUGACUCGAGCUCCGAUGAAGAGUUGUGUUGUGGUCAGUUUGAGGACUUUCUGGAUCAGUUUGUUGACAGCCAAUUCCCAAUCCGGCUCUCUUCCUCUCUUGACUCUCAGUAUUCUGCAGAACAGGAUAAACUUGGUGGUCUCCCAAAGGUGUGAUGGUUUGGGCAUAAUUUGUUACAUGCUGGCUGCUGCAGGAGGUCGACUGGCAUGCAGAUGAUUCGCUGCAAAUUCAUAAAAAAAUCAAAAUUAACCAAUGCAGAUGUUGCCCAGGCUGCCUUGGUAGCUAGGUGGACAACUGCAUAGUGUUUCUUCUGGUGUCUCAACGUGUGGUGAAAUGCUGUGGCAAGAAUAGAAGAGACACACGUUGAGCUGCUGUUGUCAUCUCAAAAGGAAGAAUUAUUCUUAACAUAAGAGGACAUACUGUACUUCAGGUAUCAAAACAGAAUAUCAAACACUCGUUUUCAGUUUCAAUCUUAUUCUUCAAACAUGGCAGUAACCAGAGCAGUAAAAUUAUAGAAAAUCCUUUUGACAUUAAAUUUAACAUGACAAAACCUAUCUGUACGGCUGCUUCAUGAAAAAUGCUUAAAUGGAAUGAACAUUUGCUAUUUUAUUCUGAAAAACAACAAAUGAGUUGCAUUUUAGUCCCUUUAAACCUCAUGAAAUGUUAUUUUUAAACAUUACCUGUAUUUAUAAUUUUAAAUAUCAUGUAAUGUAAUUGACCCAACUAUUUUUAUCCUGUCGCUCUGUUGUUUCAGCUUUUACACACAAUAAUUGCAUUUAUUUAUUAAUGUAAUGCAUUUGUCGGAGAACAGUAACAACAGACUCUCAAAAAGAAGUGUAUCACACCUUAAACACGUCUCUCAGACACAAACUCUUGACAUAGCAUCCAUAGCUUAAUCACAGAAUCACGACAUGAAAACAUUACUGGUCAUGGCAUUGAACCUUAAACAGAUUUAAUCAAAUCUACUGACCAGAAACUUAACAUAAAUGAGGAAAUAUCCUUAAAGUGUCAGUGAAUUAAGUUUCAGUAGUUUUUAAAUUUCUCACUGUUAGUUUCUCAUACUCACACUACUCCAAAUGUCAAAAUCCGCUAGCAUUAGCAUGGUUAGCGAUCCGAUUCAAAGUACGUUUACUCACUCAUACUACUAUACGAUCUCGUUCAGCCACUCGUGCAAACACACAGUAUUAAUUGCUGAUUUUCUAAGACGUUUAAGAGUUGCUGUUUGACUUUUAAUCUCUCCCUCUUUGUGUUUCUCUCCCCAGCUCCCAGUCCCACCAUAGCGGUCCACUACCUAGCCUCCAAGUGUGUGGACAUGGUUAAACACCGACAGGGAGCAAAAUGGUUUAUGCCCUGGGGUCCCAACCAAUGCGACAAGAUCCGGACCUUUGACGAAGCCAUGGCCAAGAAGAUUGAGGCCAACAACAUUGUGUUUGCGGUCCACAUGCCCAUGCCUAACAAAGAGAUGAGUCCCUGGUUCCAGUAUAUGCGGGUCAUCCUGCAGUUUGACAUCGCUUUCAAGGUGUACAACCAGACAGGUGAGAACAGAAACUUUCUGAUUGGACUAAAAAAAAGGGGGUCAAGAACAGGGCCAGAUUAUGGGGGGUCUGGGCCCCGGGGCCAGGAGUUUGCAAAUGUAAAUUGGACUGUAAAUCCAAAUUUACCAUGGUCUUUAGCAUUGUAUUUGGGCAUUUUUGUUCUUCUGAAAUGAAUGAUUUGUACUGAACAAGUUCAUCUGCCAAGCUCAUGGUCAGAUCAGUGGGAUAUGCUGCAGCAAGAGAUUUGCAUGCACACUUAAAUGAUUUGAUCAAAGUAUCUGUAUCAAAUAACUGUGAAGGUGUGAAAAGAAAUCUGUGUUGAUUUCUUACAGAGGAUGAAGUGAUGGUCUACUUUGAUGCGGGGCUUGCCUACAGAGAUGAUAAAGUCAGUGAGUGGACAGAGAUGGCACGCUCAGUAGAAAAGAGGAAACUUAACUGCAACUUCAUAGCUGCUAAGGUGUGUUAUUACCACUCACCACAUGGCAUCAUUGAAAUACCAAAAAAAUUAAUUCAUGUCAAAGCUGACAGCUUCAAUGUUUCUUGAGUAGCCUACAUACCCUGUUAGGGUAGUAGAUAUAUCAACCAUUUAAAAUGGGUCCAGUUUUGAAUGUGACUUUUUUGCAUCAAAAAUGUAUUUUAAUCUCAGGUUCUUUGGUUGGAUUUUUACAAAGUUCAUUUAACAUGUCAGUCAGUUCAAGUGCAAAGUGAUUAUACUUAGUAUCUGUCAUCAAAAGCUGCAUGUACAUUUCUGUUUCUGUUCGUCUUCCCAGACGGUUGAGAACGAGGGGCGUUACUAUGAGUGUGAUCUGCUACCAUUCAUGGAGGUCGGCAGUGUGGCCCACAAAUACUACCUCUUAAACAUUCGCCUGCCUGUCAAUGAGCGGAAGAAGAUUAAUGUGGGGAUCGGAGAAAUCAAAGACAUUCGUCUGGUCGUAAGUUUGUAGAUGAGUGAAAAUCUUAUACCAGAAUCUUUUUGGUACUCUGGUUGACUUACAAAAGAAAUGUGUUUAUCUUUUUCAACUUUGACAGUGAGAUCUUUUGUUGUUGAGUUAAAUGUGUUUGUAUUAGCUUGUGGUUGCCCAUGAAAAAUACAAACAACACGAGUGGUGUUCUUUUUUUUUACUCAUAGGGCAUCCAUCAGAACCAGGGCUUCACAAAAAUUUGGCUCUCCAUGAAGACUAUCCUCACACCCAGCAUUCUCAUCAUCAUGAUCUGGUAUUGGAGACGGAUCACCCUCAUGAGCAGACCUCCUGUGCUACUGGAGAAGUAAAAGAGCUUUCCUCAUAAUACAUAUCUCUGGAAUGUUAUCAUUUGUGUUGUAGGAGCCUUUAUCCAGAGUUUUUAGAGACUCAUUUUAGGAUUAUGAUAGUUAAAAAAAGUAACAAAGUAAUGGUGUUAGCAUGUCUAAUAGGUUUGACCAUAAAUGGCAUGAAACUCAGGCAUGCUGUGUGUGGUGCGCGUCACUUGCACCAUACUGCAAUAAACAUCAAGCAUCUUAAAAGGAGGUUUAAGGUGUCAGGAUGGGAAGACUCAGACUUCGCUAAACUAAAAUUAGGACAGCUAAUGACUGGGAUCUGAAAUGUGAGAAGAUGGCCCAGAUAAACGAUUGUGUGUUACAUUUACACAUCCAUUGUUAUCUGAAAGUAACGAUGGCUUUAUUUAAUAAAAAGGUGUCUGAGUAACAUACAGGAACCUAAACGGUAUUCAGACUUUGGCUUUUCUGCUAUCAUGUCAGAAUAUCUGGUGUAAAAGCUCUAUUUGAACCUUUACAAUGUUAGCCUACAGAUUUUCAUAUCAAACUUUUCGUGUGUGUACAUAUAGAUACCGAUCUCAGCUUUCCAGGGUGGGUUAGUGGUGCUCAGAAGACAGUACGUUUUUUUUUCUGCGUAGUGCUAUUGCAUUGUGGUCCAGGAUCAUCCAGGUGCUGAGUCUUCUCCCUUUGAAAGAGGCUAGAUGGCUUUGACAGGCUGAGCCCACACCUGAUCCAACAUCAGAGCCAAAGCUCUCCCAGUUGAGUGUACAGCAAACCUGUGGAGAUAUCCCAGCCAAGGGUGAUGAAAUUGACAUGUUGUCUUCUAGGUCCACCUGAGAGUCUAGCAGUACUGACCAUGAAUCCAAAGCAUUCAAAGUAAUGGCCCUAGUUUUGUAGCCAUUUUCAGUCAGCCAUUAUUGGAAACAAAUAGCUUUGGAUGCAGGGAGGACCCAGCAAAGGUCAUAGUAAACUUGUGAAAAGGCCAGAGGUGAGCUGCUUACAGAGGCUCAUCCUGGAGCAGGUGUGAGAAUCCUUUUUUCUCCCAUGUUUCUCCCAGUGCUCUGUAUAGGCUUUGUGGCUGUAAGGAGAUUGCUCAGUGGCUUCCAUUAGUGGACCAGCAGAACCUGUCUGGUGGAGAGUUUUGUCCUCGGUAGCCUCUUGUCCUUGUAGUGAUGCGUUGUGGUUUCUGCUGUUGCUUCAAGCCCUUCAAUGCUCAGCUUUGCAGCCGCUCUCUGGCAGGUGUUGUGUAGGAUCAUGCUUGCAGUUGGGUUUGGAGAGCCACAGCUGGUCAUUCUCAUCCUAAUUAGAAAAGAGAGAGAGGAGAUGUGAAGAGAAAGGAUCAUGGCGGGGAGUCAAAACAGCAACUGCUGCAACAAGGACUAUUGCCUUUUUAAAUGGGCUUGAAUGCUAAACUGACAGUGCUGGGGAUAAUCCCAUGUGCAAUCACAAACUGCAGAGUAACUUCCUGAAGUUCAUCUCUGCUCAUGUCUAACAUGACUAUCCAUGUAGCCCCCAAAGAGAGUGACUUUUGCCUCGUGACUCUUGCCUCCUCUGAGAUGUCGGUUAUGAUAAUUUAGUCAUUUUUUGUUAAAUACAGUUUUUCCCCCUCAGGGUUAUCCUUGCUCUGGGACUCUCCAUGACAUUUAUCAACAUCCCAGUGGAGUGGUUAUCUUUUUGCCUCAACUGGACCUGGAUGCCGCUUUUUGGAGAGAUCAGGAUGAGCAUCUUUUAUUCCACUCUACUCUCCUUCUGGAUCAUCUUCUGCGGGGAGCACCUUGUGGUACUGUACUCAGCCCUUAAGCCUUUUACCUGUAAUUCCACUGCUUAAUUUAACUCACACUGGAGCAUCAUAUAACGCACACCCAGACAUGAACACACAGGCCAGCACUCAUUAUGCCUUUGUUAGUACCUCUGGUGGUAUAUCAGACUUUGCCAAGUUACUUAGGGAUAUGACACCACAUCUGUAACAUGUAACACACACAGGUGUAAUGAAGAGGCAAUGUGUAUGGUUAGAGUGAGCAGUAAUGUCAAGGGCCACUUAAAGGUAUUAAAUAAGAAUGUAAUACUUAAAAGAAAUCUAGUUAAAAAUAAUUAUUUGGAGUGUUUAUGUGGCAAAUAUUCAACUUUUUCUCCUCUAAUACAUAUUAAGGAAUAAAGCAGCGCAAUGAGCUGGAUAUUGUAGCCUUAUAAGUUAUUCAUGACUUGCAUGAGGCUGGUGUACGGUAUAGAUGAACUGUGUCUGUUAUGCAUUUGACUUCCCAACUAUCUCUAUUUACAACCCUCUCAAACAACGGCCUAAACCAUGAGGUGAAGUGCUUUUUAGGAUAGAGAUGUCUGUGUCUUUAUCAGAUGAUAAAAUGACAAUCAGAAACUUAGAUGAGUUUGUCCACAUGGACUUUUCUCCGUGUUGUUGUUUGACAUAUUACAAAAUGAUUUGGGGUUACACAGUGUGGAAAAAAAUCAUAUGGUAUGCACUUUAGUAUUUAUACUGUAGAGUGUCCAGAUCUAAAACAUCGCUCACAUAUUUUAACAGUUCAGCUACUGAAGGCUUUUCAAAGCUUUACACUUCUCGCCUGGUGCACUCAUUUUACCCCAGUACCUUAAGACAUAAGGGGGCCUUUUUUCCCCAAGGUAUAAGCGAGACAAGGAGGUAUUUUGGAGGUUAGGGUCUUUGUGAGCAAGUUUGUGCAAGCAAGUACGUAAAAGAGCAUGCUUCUUAUUUAAGACUGCUCUUCCCUUUUUCUCAGGAUCAGACUGAGAGGAACCGUUUCUCUGUCUACUGGAAGCAGGUUGGAUCCAUUGUGUUCGUAUCCCUCUGCUACUUUCUCUUAAACAUGUAUAAGAGGUGAGACCAAGUUUGAUUCUAUGUUGACUACUUAGACUCUAAAAAGAGACCUGCUCAAACACUUGAAUGGCAAAAUAGUCUCUUUUUCUAAUCACUUAUUUUCCUUUAAGCAUAUUUGUAUUAUUUAAUUUCCUUAAGAUGUAAAUAUUCUUCUUUUUUCAACUAAAUGUUAGGAAACAUCUACAACUGAUAACAUAAAUGUUUUUUACUGCGUCACCAGAGGGGUCCAGCACACAAAUCCUUUCUACAGCAUCUGGGUGUCUGAUGAAGGAACUAAACUGUCUGUAUCCUUUUUUUCUCAUCUCACUGGAGAAUAGAAAAAGGGUCAAAUUGAGAGUCCAGAGUCCUCCAUUAACUUUACAAACAGUUCGUCUGACACGUUUGAUACAAUAAAAUCCUUUAGAGGGUGUAAAUGGCCAAAAUAGGUGUUACAGUUCAACCACAAUAAAUAUGUCUGGUAGAGAUGAUAGCCUUUGAUAGAGAUGUUUGGCUCAGUGUGUGUCACAAACCAUUGUCAUGUUUUCAGACCUACUGCUCUCUUGUUUCUGACAUGCAAUCCAUAGAUGUUAAGUCUGUAAAGGUUUUAUUCAUAGGACUUCACUUGCAAAUUUCUUAAAGCGGACUUCAUUAUUGUUUGUGUUGCAUUUUGAGCUCCAGUUGAGAACCUUGGUUAGUGCUAGCUUUGCGGCCCCCCGUGACCAAGGUUGUCUUUGUUUAUUUUUUCCUUUACAUACUUCAGUAUUGUUGUUUCACAAAAAUCUCAUCCUGGUGACUUUUUGCAGUUAGAUGUAUAAUUUAUUGUGAAUAUUCUAUAUAGAAAUUGUAAAAACAGAGCUGUUUUGUUCAGCUGCUUGGCUGCACCUUCCCUCUUACACCAGUUUCAAUGACAGCUUUAAUCCUUAGAAUCAAGAAAAAUUAGCUCCCAGUUUGUAGAUGUAAAUUUAUAAAAACAAGUAUUUGGUCUAAGGCUAUCUAUGAGUCUUUUGAAGUGUACAGUAUAUUUAGGUCAACAUCUGGUACCUUAGGGGAUUAACCCCCAGACCAUACUUGGAUUACCUUUGAAUUAAGUGAAUUUUGUUCUGUUUUAACCUCUUUCAUACACAAAUAACCCCUUUCGUCACGCUGACUCUUUUCAAGGACAGCCCCUGGUUACUUCCUUGACUGCUUUUCCCUCAGGUGGCCUUCAUCAUAGUUGCAGGGACUUGUGCUUGCCUCUAUUUCUUUUAUCUCUGUUAUAUGGUGUUUCGAGUCAUCUGUAACAUCAGUGGAAGGAUGAGCCCUCUUGACAUGUCCAAGGCAAAUCCUCACACACACCAUGAGGUGUGUGAUUUAAUCUGGGGGGGUCUUAUGCUUUUACUAAUUGUACUUUGAAAAAACCCAAGUCAUUUGAAGUAUUAUCUGCUGCACAAAGUGUGUGUUUUUAUGUCUCUGAUUAAGGUUUUGGUGCUAAUGCAUGCCCUUUUUCACCUAAUAGGGUCCAGUUUUCAGGAUUAGGUUUCUCAUGCUGGCCACUUUGAUCUGUGCUGCCAUGACUGUGAUCUUCUUUAUUGUUAGUCAGGUAAGGCCACACUGAUGCAAAGCCUUUAGUAAUGUCUUUUACAGUUUCAGCUACAUAGGGGAUACAUUUUAGGUAUUAACUCUUUUUAAUAUAAAGUUCUGCAAAAUAAAAACAAACCCAGAGUUGGCGCUGCAUGUUGAUCUAAUUGCAAACACAAUCACAAUGUGAGAUGGUGUGAUUACAUAACCUCACAAAGGGUCACAUGACUAUCCAGGAUGCAGAGUAACCAACAUAGAUGCUGACAAAGAGACACGUGACAAGCAAGCCAAUGCAGACUCAUGGUGAAAAAAGCAACAUCUACUACAUGGGAAAGUUCUGGAUUCAUGUAGGCUACAGCAUUGUUGAACAGACUGAAAUGCUGUGCUGAACUUGCGAAGUUAAAGUCAGUCCAUCACAUGGCAACAUGACCAAAUGGAAAGAGUCACAGGGGUUUUAACACCUCUGCAAAAAACAAUUUAAUGUCACUGUAAACCUUUUUGUGCGCAGUACUGUAAAAGCUUUUCAAAAUGUGUUUUCAAAGUGUUUUUUUUUAAAUGAGAAAUAUGAAUUUCAAAGUUUUAUAUAAUGUGGCAUGGUUCUAAUAACCAAGCAAAUAGACUUAAAACAUUUAUUAUACUGUAAUCUUUAAUUACAUUAGCAUCCACUGUUAUCACACUCAUAAAAUUUCACCAUAUUGUGUAGAACUAGCCACCAUUAAAUAGAUCAAUCUAAACUUCUAAAAAAUCAAGUUUUUGACAUAAAUCAGCAUUAACGACAGAAAGAGUGAUAAAUUUACCCGUUUACAUGGCAGUGAAGGGGUUUGUGACUUUUAUUGCAGUCAGUCAGUAAGGGGGGCUCCAAAAGUCCAGUAACUACAGUCUUUCAUCCAGUGACAUAAAAAGUAUCUGCUUUUCUUUCCCUUUCCCUUCCCCUUUCCCUUCUGCAGGUGUAUGAAAGCCAAUUGUACUGGAGUAAUCACUGGCUGCAGGUGAACACUGCCUUCUUUACAGGUAUCUAUGGCAUGUGGAACCUGUACGUCUUUGCCAUCAUGUUCCUCUAUGCACCUCUACAUCACAACACUGAUCAGGUAAUAUCACUUCACCCUUACUGUGCUGCUUAUGUUGAGUUUCAUGUUUUGUAAAUAACCUUUUUCCUGUCUCUGUGGUAUCUUUGUUACAAAUCUCUGUCUGAUAUAUGGUGUUUUUUUAAUCCACAGAAAGUACAAAACUGUGCUCUCUCCUCUGCCCAUUUCACACAUAAAAUAGAAAAGAGGAGUUUGUCAAAUUUCCAUUACCUCACUUAAUUUAUACAUAUACUUUUUUGUCACAGAAAGAACGCGUGGCCUCUGGUUUCUAACAUGUGGUGACCAAUGAUAUGAAGAUGAAGCACCUGUUGCACAUCAAGUGCUGGGAAGCACACAGAGCCACACUGAUGGAGAUGUCCAGGUCCAGCAACAAUGGGAGAGACUGCUUCAUUACUGACCUGGGAAAGGUCAGCUCGCAUCAAUCUGAAUAUUACAAAAAAUAUAUUGAAUUUUCUUUUUUGCUUUAAGAUUUUUUUACAUCCCUGCAUUUACAAAGAUGUGAAAUGUUGCAUUUAUCCAAGUUUGUGUGAGAUGUUUUUAUGUGUAUAGUAUAUAUACCGCUAUAUUUGAAUGUAUGUCUUUAAAUAGGAUUUUUUUCUAUGGUAACUAGAUUAGUACACUGCAUGUCAGUACAUUUCAAUGUCACCAGGAGUUCAGAUAGCUUUAUUUUUUUUCUUUCUUUUUUCCAUUUCUUCUUUUAAUUUUUUUUUUGUUUUUAAUGUAAACCAGGCCUGUUUUUUUUUUUCUUUUUUACCCCCUUUUCAUCCUUUUUAUGAUGCAUUUGUCAAUAGGGCUGCCUUGACACUGGAUUUUCAUUUAAUGGAUAUCUUGUCUAAAAGAAUUCAUGAUAUUUAUGUUAUCCAGAUUUUAAUCGGCAUUAAAACAAUUGUUUGACACAAGCAACAACACUGUCAGUCAAAUUAUGGAAAGCCUAUACAAAGGUAGAGCAACAUGUAAUCUAUUAAACUUUAUCUAUAAAUGCAAUUGACUUCAGUGACAUCGUGUAUUUGUGACUUUGUUUUUCUUUAAAAUUGUGUCAUUCAGAAAAAUUAAGAAAAAACCCACAUCAUCUUCUGUACAAUCCUGCCUUACAUCUUGCCUACAAACAGUUGUGUUUUCUGCCCCAAAGUCCUGGUAGCUGUAGUGCUCUUGGUGUCUGUCACUUAUUUGAUCACUUUGAAAUCUUAUAGAAAUCAUGUCAACUUGUGAAUUUCCCUUUUUGAGAUCAAUAAAGUAUAUCUAUCUAUCAACUCCACCAA